AGAUUGCAUGGCUUAGGAGCAAGGAAGUUUUUCAUCAACAACCUUAAACCAUUAGGAUGUUACCCAAACAUAAUAGCUCAUACCGUUCCACGUGGAAGCUGUGACGAUGAUUUAUACCUAGCAGUUGCCCUUUACAACGCCAAGCUAAGAAGAAGCCUGAGUCAUAUGAAGCAAAAGUUCUCAAAGACUUCCUUCUUGUACUCAGAUUACUUCAACUUCAUGUUGGGACUUCGAGGACCUUCGAGCAAUCAUGCUAGUUCGAAUUUAAUGAACUCGACAAGCCCAUGUUGCCCUAGCGUUUAUGAUGGAGGUGUAUUGAUGUUUUGCAGCGCCAAUUCGAGCUCGUGUACGAUGCCAGAUACACAUAUUUUCUUUGAUCCAUUUCAUCCGACUCAGUUGGCGAAUUUCAUGUACGCGAUUGGGUGUUUCCAGGAGAGAAAAAUUUGCCAUGUGGUGAGAGAUUAAAUGAACUAAAUUAACUCAACGACAAUCUUAUGAAGAAACACAAGUUUACUUGUUGUUGUUGC